ACUAGAUGUCUCUGUUAUAAUGAACGUGGCAUAACUAACUAUACUGUACAUACUUUACACUUUACUUAAGUUUAAACAUCAUACAAGGAUUUUUAAGAUGUUUUCGGCAUCGUGGCUUAAUUUCAGCUUGAAAUGUAGCUUAAUUUUGUUCAUUACGCUUGUAUCAACUUCAAAUGGUCUUUACUUUCAUAUCGCUGAAACAGAAAGAAAAUGUUUUAUUGAGGAAAUUCCUGAUGAUACUCUUGUUGUUGGAAAUUAUAAGUGCCAGCUUUUUGAUCCCAAAACUGGGGGGUUCAUGCCUUCAAGUCCAGGAAUAGGUAUGUAUGUUGAAGUCAGAGAUCCAAGUGACAAGGUGAUUUUGUCUCGUGUAUACAGUAGCGAGGGCCGAUUUACUUUCACGUCUAGUUCUCCAGGUGAACAUGUAAUUUGUCUCUACUCCAACUCCACCAAAUGGUUCAGCGGAUCACAGCUGAGAGUCCAUCUUGACAUUCAAGUUGGUGAACAUGCUGUGGAUUAUGGAAAUGUUGCACAAAAAGAAAAAUUAACUGAGUUGCAGUUAAGAGUUCGGCAGUUACUUGAUCAGGUUGAACAGAUUAAUAAAGAACAGAACUAUCAAAGGUAUCGAGAAGAAAGGUUUCGCCAAACUAGUGAGAGCACAAACCAGCGAGUUUUGUGGUGGGCUAUUGCUCAGACAUUUGUUCUUCUUGUUAUGGGUUUCUGGCAGAUGAGACACUUGAAGAGUUUCUUUGAGGCUAAAAAGCUAGUGUAAACACUGAAGUUUAGUUCUCUUGAUUGUUGUUAUAUUUCUCAUUCAAAAACAGUCACAUUUUUCUUUGAAAUGUGUAAUCCAUACUCUGUGCAGAAACAAUUUUACCUAAACUAGAUAAAACCACAUUUGGAAAAUCAGCUAAUAACAUUUGCUUGGUGUGUGUUUUAGUAUUGUUCAUUUGAAAACUAUUUUAUAUAAACUUGCUCUUGAUUAAGUCACAGAUUAAAUCAGCAAGGAAGUGUUGAUAUGGAACAAAACUUACUGUUUUUUUCAAGAGGAAUGAGAAUAAAGCUGAAAUAAAACCACCAGAAUUGUUUUCACUGUAUGUUAAUGGUGUCACUGUUAAAAAAAACAAUAGUAAUAAAUUUAAGAACUUUUCAUUUUA